AUGCCAAGAAUAUCGUCGCAUUCAAGCCUUGCCCCAUCACGUCGGCCAAGGUUGCAAAGGUUGCAACAUCGCUUCCGUCCAAAUGAGAGUAAUUUUCCAUCAAGCACUCGAUGGCUUGCGUCACACGUUGAUGCGGCUCAUUCUGCUGCUGAACCUUGGAGGCCUCGACUUCGACAAGCUUGGAAAUCGCCUCACCAAUCACAGCACCAGCAGAUCGCUUGUCGCGCUUGUGAGGAUUCACCUUUUGUUUUUUUGGUGGAGGAGGAGUGGCUUCAUUCGAGCUGGCGUCUGAUUCGUCGUUGUCUUCCGAAAGUGCAGCACACCGCUGAACAAUUCGAGCUGGUUGUGGUGUCCCAAUCGCUUUGUUGGAGUCAUCCGCGGGAGCAGUGCUGGGUCCUUCCAUUCCUGGGGGCGCUGUCGAAAACCGACCGUCGGCGUAGGAACCCUCCAACAGUGCUGCCAGGCAAUGAAAUUGAGGGAACGGUGUGA